GUGGAUCUUCGGACGUUGAUGCUUUUCAGGAAGUGUUCAGCGAGAAUUUUCUGCAACACAGUGGAGCCAGCAGCAGCAGCCAGGCCCGUACAGACGACAGAUCAGAGGAGACCUUCGAAUCCUUGCCUGGCUAUGUCAAACUUGCUUGCAACCCGUGUCUUUUUUACAACUCUCCUUAUGGCUGCAUUCAAGGUGACCGUUGUGGUUUCUGUCAUCAUGCGGCAGAACAACCAGCCGGGCUACAGACUCGACCCAGGAAACUUCGACGCGAGAGAUGCAAGCGCAGACUCCAGAACCUCCUAG